AUGGGAACAGCCAGGAACGAUCAGACUGUACGGAAACUUCCACUCCUUGAGAAAUGUAAGACUCCGAAAAACUAUGACCAUCCUGACGUUCUGCGUCACACCUUUGAGACUCUAUCUAACCUUCACAAGCUGCUUCCAAAUAAUCUGAUGGAGCUGUUUUAUUCCUACAAGAGUGAAGAGGACAAAAAAAAAUGUGAGAAGAAUUCUGAACUCUCUGGCUUAGAAAGCAUCUUAGCAAGACAUCAGUUUCCAAAAGAGAUUAAUCUAACCCCAAAGCCAAGCAAUAUGCCCCUGUGGAAAAGAAAAGCCAUCAACAACGUAAGUCAUGGGUGGAAGAAAUGCUACUUGUGGAAUAAAAAUACAAACGAGCCUCCAAUGUCAACCAUAGUUGUCAGAUGGCUGAAUAAGAACAUGCAACCCAGCGAAGAUCUUCAGUCAGUAACCCAGAGGCUGUCAGUGUUUGGGCCAAUUCAGUCAGUUACCCUUUGUGGACGGCAAAGUGCUAUAGUGGUGUUCGAAGACAUGACUUCAGCUUGUAAUGCUGUGAAUGCUUUUCAAAGCAGGAUCCCAGGCACAAUGUUUCAGUGCUCCUGGCAACAACGAUUCAUGUCGAAAGAUAAAGCCUAUUCAAGAAAAUAUACUAAGAAGUCACAGCCUAAGGAACAUAAGCAAGAAACUGAACAAAGAUGCCAACCACAGGUAUAG